AUGGAGCUGAAUGAAAGAAAUAAGCGGGGUCAAAAACAAGGAACAGACAACGAAAGCUUUGAAAAUGAGGAUCAGAUUUACAUUGAGAUGAAUCACAUCUCUGAACCUCCAGAUGACGCAUCCAAAGAGGCAGAACCUCGCCACAAAAGCCUGCYKGAGAAGAAGCUGGAGGCUCUCRGGAGCUGCUUGGCAGAGCACAAAGAGCRGAUCCAUCUGAUUGAUAAUGUGUGUGUCAGUACUCGUGGCUGUGGUGUGCUGGAUUGCUCUGGACACGGCUCAGCGAGGGACCAGGCAGAUUGUGUCGUUCUCCGACUGUGUUUGUUGCACUGGUCUUGGCUAACUUUGUUUUGUGGAAAUGGGCUACAGUUUGUCUUGGGCUUGCUGAUUAUGAGGACCACGUUUGGUUUAAGUGCAGUGAAAUGGCUGGGAAAUCUGGCAGAGAUGUUUCUGUCAUUCACAGACGCUGGCACUGAGUUUGUGUUUGGUGCCAGUUUCACGGACCACUUCUUCACUUUCCAGGUGAUGCCCAUAUUGGUAUUUUUGAGCUCAGUCGUCUUCAUCCUCUACUACAUUGGCUUCAUGCCCUGGCUCAUUUGCAAGAUUGGAUUCCUAAUGCAGGUUACCAUGGGAACAUCUCCAGCAGAGUCRAUGGCUGCAGCUGGAAACAUAUUCCUGGGAAACACGGACGUGGCUCUCCUGAUUCGCCUGUACAUCGGUGAGCUCACCGUCUCAGAGAUACCUGCUGUGAUGACCGGUGGGUUCGCCAGCAUCUCUGGUUCCAUUUUGGGAGCCUACGUCUCCCUUGGGGUGGAUGCAACUCACUUGUUGACAGCAACAAUAAUGUCUGCUCCAGCCUCCCUGGCCAUUGCCAAGCUGUUCUGGCCUGAAAAGGACACAUCUGUUUCAAUUUCUAAUUGUGACCUACAAUUGAUCAAAGGAGAUUGUAGGAAUAUCCUGGAAGCUUUGUCUCAGGGUGCAUCUCGUGCUGUGGGGAUAGUGGCCAGCAUUAUUGUCAACAUCAUUUCCUUCCUGGCGCUGAUAGCCUUUUUCGAUUACAUCCUCUCCUGGCUGGGUGGGAUGUUUGAUUAUCCCCAGCUCAGCUUCUCGCUCAUCUGUUCCUAUGUGUUCAUGCCUCUGUCCUUCAUGAUGGGGGUUUCCUGGGAGGACAGCUUCAUCGUCGCUGAGCUGAUUGGCAUAAAGACGUUCCUCAAUGAGUUUGUGGCUUAUGAGAAGUUGUCAGAGUUAAUAAAGAAAAGGACGGCGGGCGGGCCAGAAUAUGUAGACAAUGUAAAGCAGUAUGUUUCUGUUCACUCAGAAGCCAUUGCAACAUAUGCUUUGUGUGGAUUUUCCAACUUUGCGUCCCUGGGGAUGUCUGUUGGAGUGUUGUCUGCUAUGGCUCCAAACAGACAAUCUGAUAUCUCCAGCUGUGGUCUCAGAGCUCUGAUUGCUGGAAGUGUGGCUUGCUUCAUGACAGCUUGUAUUGCAGGUAUGUUGCACAUUCCUGAUUGCCAAUCAUACCUGAGCACAGACUUCAACAAAACCAACGUAAUCAGCAGCAAACAGCUGCAGGACUGCUGCACACAGCUUUACAACAGUCAGCCUGUAACACCCAUCUACAUCUACACAUGCUCUCCAUUUCACAUCACAGCUGCAGCCACUUCUCCCAUCAGCCCCUGUCCUUAUUAUAUCUGA